UCAAUUUUUAUGUUGUUUGCAGUCAACUCCGCUCCCAACACGCCUAACGUGUUUCUUCCUUCUCCACUUUCCCAUGAAUUUCCACGUAGAAAAUCGCAAAUCCCCCCGUCCCUCCCCCAACAUCUCUCCCUCUCUUGUGUUACUCGAAUUCCGUUCUCAUUUUAUUCUCUGCUCUGUUCUUUUCCCUUCGCUUCUGUCCCCUCUCCUCCCAACUUCCCAACUUAACUCAAAGCAAAACAGAGCCUGCUUGGAAUAUGGUCUUCCAUACAGCUAACAUGAGGAGUUGCAUUCACAGCAUAUAUUUGCUGGUAUAUAUCUUCUUCUGUAUAUUUCCUUUGGUCUUCUGUAAACUAACUUCAAACCAGACGGACGUAAUGAUCAAUGUUUCUCGGCAGCUUAACAUCUCAAAUUCGCCCUGGAAUGCUGCAAAAGAACCAAACGUAUGCCAAUGGAAAGGAGUUACAUGCAACAGCACCCUCAACAACUCCGUAGUCUCCCUUUCUUUAUCCGGGUUUGGUCUCUCUAAUUCUAGCUUUCUACCCAUGCUUUGCCAUAUUGAUUCUUUGCAGUCUCUUGAUUUUUCCAACAACUCUUUGACGUCAAUCCCAAUUGAAUUUUUCAAUAGUUGUGGAGGGAUUGAUGAGUUAAAGAGCUUGAACUUUAGCAAUAACAUGUUGGUUGGUUCUUUGCCUACUUUUCAAAAGUUUCCUGGGCUGGAAUCCCUUGAUUUAUCUUUCAAUCAUUUGAGUGGAAAUAUUGAUUCGCAGUUGAAUGAUUUGAGUGCACUGAAAAAUUUGAACCUUAUCUUCAAUAAUUUCAAUGGUUCUGUUCCUAGCCGCCUCGGAAAAUCCAGGGUUUUGGAACGACUUGAGCUUUCUGUUAAUAACUUCACUGGUUCUAUACCUAUGGAUAUUGGGACGUAUGGGAAUUUGAUCCUGAUUGAUCUUAGUCGCAAUAUGCUUACGGGAGUUAUUCCUGAAUCUGUUGGGAACCUUACGAGGUUGCAAAUCCUGAUUCUAUCUUCCAAUCAAUUGAAUGGGGCAAUCCCUGUCGGCCUUUCACGAAUCACAAAACUGCAGCGGUUCGCAGCCAAUCAAAACAAGUUUGUUGGUUCAAUUCCUAGUAAUAUCACAAAAUUUCUCAAAAAUUUAGAUCUUAGUUAUAAUGAAAUAACUGGGGAAAUUCCAUCGGAGUUUUUAUUGCCAUCAAAUUUGCACACUGUGGAUUUGUCUUAUAACAAGUUGCAUGGACCAAUACCUGAAAGCAUAUCUCCAAGUUUGGUCAGGUUAAGGUUGGGUAGCAAUAAUCUCAGUGGCCCAAUCUCUUCAGUAAGAUUUGCAUCGCUUCAGAAUUUGAUGUAUUUGGAGUUGGAAAACAACACCUUUACCGGAAUGAUACCAACUGAAAUUGGUUCUUGCACAAAAUUGGCAUUGUUGAACUUGGCUCAUAAUGAGCUGAAUGGAACAUUGCCAGUGGAGUUAGGUCAUCUUACAAAUCUUCAGGUUCUGAAACUUCAACUCAACAAGCUUGGUGGUGAUAUCCCGGGUCAGAUUGGAGGAUUAAAUAUCUUAUCCAUACUUAAUAUCAGCUGGAAUUCACUAAAUGGCACCAUACCUUCUUCAAUUUCAAAUUGUGGAAAGCUUCUUAGCCUGAACUUGCAAGGCAAUGAUCUCACUGGUUCUAUACCUGAUAACAUCAGUAAGUUGAAUUAUCUUUUAGAACUCCAGCUUGGAGAAAAUAAAUUGCGUGGUAGGAUCCCCUCUAUGCCACUGAAGUUGCAGAUUUCUUUGAAUCUCAGCUCCAACCUCUUCGAAGGACCUAUUCCAAGGACUCUUUCUGGACUGAAUAAUUUGGAGGUUUUGGAUCUCUCUAACAAUAACUUCUCAGGUGAAGUUCCUGAUUUCCUUGCUCAAUUGUCUUCACUGACACUGUUAAUACUUUCCAAUAAUCAGCUGUCAGGAGUUCUUCCUAUGUUCAAUCAACAUGUUUCAGUCAAUAAAAGUGGAAACCCAGAACUUCGUCCUGCAGAAAGUUCUUCUCCAGUAUCAAGUAAAAAUAGAAAAUCAGUUGCUAUGACAAUUGUCAUUACACUUGCAGCGGCUGUUCUUGCUGUAGGGGUAGUUGCAAUUAUUUUUCUAUUGAUCUCAAGACGCUUUCACAAGGUUAAUGAUAACCAAUUACAAUCAUGGGAAGUUCUUUCUCCCCCUCAGGUUAUACGAGGCAACUUAUUGACAGCAAAUGGAAUCCAUAAAUCUAAUAUUGACAUCGCCAAGGCCAUGGAAGUGAUUGCCAGUCCAGCAAACAUUGUGCUAAAAACCAGAUUUUCCACCUAUUACAAGGCUAUCAUGCCAUCAGGAGCAAGCUAUUUCGUCAAGAAGCUUAAUUGGAGUGACAAGAUAUUCCAAUUGGGCAGCCAUGACAAAUUUGUGCAAGAGCUAGAGGUAUUGGGGAACCUAAGCAAUUCAAAUGUCAUGAUUCCUUUGGCCUAUGUAUUGACAGUUGAUAGUGCAUAUCUAUUUUAUGAAUUUGCUCCAAAGGGCACCCUCCAUGAUAUUCUUCAUGGCAGCUUGAAAUAUUCUUUGGAUUGGGCAAGUCGUUACAGUAUAGCAGUUGGAGUAGCUCAAGGUCUUGCUUUUUUGCAUGGAUGCACUUCAAGUCCGAUUCUCCUCCUUGACCUUUCAAGCAGAAGCAUCGUGCUUAAGUCUUUGAAGGAGCCACAGGUUGGAGACAUUGAGCUUUUUAAAGUAAUUAAUCCUUCCAAGAGCACUGGAAGCCUCUCCACUGUUGCUGGUUCUGUAGGUUAUAUUCCUCCGGAGUAUGCAUACACAAUGAGGGUAACAAUGGCUGGGAAUAUUUAUAGCUUUGGAGUUGUACUGCUGGAAUUGCUGACAGGAAAACCAGCAGUAAGUGAGGGAACUGAGUUAGCCAAGUGGGUAUUAAGUAACUCAGUGCGGCCCGAUAAGCUAGAUCACAUCCUUGAUUUUAAUAUCAUUAGAACAUCACUAGUGGUCAGAAAUCAGAUGCUUGCUGUCUUGAAAGUUGCUAUUGCUUGUAUUAGUGUUUCACCAGAAGCAAGGCCGAAGAUGAAAAGUGUGCUGAGGAUGAUCCUCAAUGCAAGAUAAAUCAUCGGUUGCAACACAACAACACGACUGGCUUUAUAUACCUUAAUUAGCAACUCUGUUUCAUACAAAUUACAAUAGAUAGAAGAAAACCAGUACCGGCAUACAGGGCCGUGGUAGCGGUAGGCAGGCAACCUACAUGUAGAAAUGGUUAGUUUUGAAUGCAUUCUCAUAUGUAAUAUAUACCUAUCAAUUUUGGCUUCUGUAGUUUACAGUACCUUUGUAAAACUCAGUUUUAAAGAAAUCAUAGUCAAUGGCCAAUUGUCCAAUCAUAAUCAUGGAUUAUGCGAUGGAUAAGUUUGGAUGAAGCCCACUUGCACAAGUGAUGGAUUCUAAUUUAUUGUUGUGAUUAUAUAAUUGUAGAAUCUUAAUAGAUAAUGCUCCCGAAUAAUAAGGAUUUAAGCUGGCAGUCGUUAGUAGAGUGCUAAACUUUUUGUUUCUUAUUAGUGGAAUGCUAAAUUCUUUAAUUUCAGUGAUCAAAUUUAAAUUCUGACAACUUAAAUAUAAAAAAAUAUAGAGAACUUACAAAAAAGAUAGUGAUAAAUUAGAAAACAAACAGAACAACUUUAUUGAUAUAAGAGUAAUUAACAGCCAAAAUUUAAUUGAUAGCAAGAUGAUGAAGAUGGUUAAUAGCAACAGAGAAGUUAACAUAAAAAAUACGGAUGAACUAAAGAAAAUAGAACCUGAAAAAAAAAAAAAAAGUUGAUGUAACCAUUGCUCUGGGAAAUUUUGGUCUUGUUCUCUACUGAAAACUCGAACAAAUUGUGAUAGGCCCCUACAUUUUUCUAUCUCAAGUACAUUCCAAGAUCAAGUAUAAUUGAUUUCAAACACAUGAAUGUUGGGGAGCAUGCUACAAGACAAUUAUCUGAAAACGACAACGCCAUGGGACAUCCUUGCGUGAAAGGGGGUUAGACUAGAACAUAAGGUCCUUGGGAUCCUCAAUAAUCUUAGUCAGGGUUUGCAAGAAUGAAGCUUCAGCAUGACACGGUGAUCUGCUGUAACAUUUACCCGCAAAAAAUUUAGAGUUCAAAGGUGGUUUUGUUCUAAUGCAGGCUAUUUAAACAUGAUCGUCCUAUAGGACAGAACAAAGAUGUGUUUUCUUUCUCCAUUUUUAUUAGGAAUAAAUACAACAAGGCUGCUCUUCCUUAAUAAAGGAAAAAUCUUUGUUACCUGCAUCUGGUUCAUGCAUGGUGUAUGAAUUGAACACCAAAAGUGCAAUAAGGCAGCUGGGAUUAAAGGCACCAAAAAACUAAGCUGAGUUGGCAAAUUAGGAGGUCAACCAUAUAAGCCAAUAAUUUUGAGAUUAAACUUGCAAUCAUCCAAAUGAUACAAUAGUCAGUGCCAUUUAGUUGCCAUUCGAGUGAGGAUCCAAAAGCUCAUUUUUGGGAUUUCUUGGAGAUAUUGAUGCAUUUAAACAUAAUGGUGUUAUUGAGGAUGCCAUUUUUAUAAAGCCUAUGUUGUUCCCAUUUUCCUUAGAGAUAGAUCUAAAAGUUUAUUAGCCUCGAUGCCACCAAAUUCCAUCACCACUUAGAUGAUUUAAUACAGAAUUUCAUGGCUAAAUUUUUUCCCCCAGCCAAGACGGCCAAGCUUCAGAAUGAAAUUACUGCAUUUGCCUAGCACGACUCAGAGAUCUUGUAUGAGACAUGGAAGAGAUACAAAGAACUCCUGAGGCAGUGUUUACACCAUAGACUAUCAAAAUGGUUGAAGAUUCAAAUCUUUUGUAAUGGGUUAGUACCUAAUACUAGGAAACUUUUAGAUGCUACAUCAGGAGGUGCUUUAAUGAGUAAGACUUUUGACAUAGCUUAUGAUCUAAUUGAGGAUAUGGCAACUAAUACUUGUUAGUGGUCUGAUGAGAGAUAGCAUCUUCAGAAAGCUUUGAGGGUCUAUAAGCUUAGUGAGCUUACAAUGUUUAGUACUAAGGUAGAUUCCGUAGCCAAAUCUGUAGUCUUUACAUUGAAGGUUACAUCUUUAAAGCUUAGUCCUAGUCAUUCCAGGUUUACUCAUAUCCAUAAUUCUGUAAUUAUGUGCAAGACAUGUGGGGUAGGACACCUGGGUUUGAAUACCCAUUUAGAGUUAGUUUCAUUUAUAGGACAAAACCCUAGGCAGUUCAAUAAUCGUUAUUCUUCCACAUACAACCCAAGCUGGAGGAAUAAUCCUAUUUUCUCUUGGAAUUAGUAGCAAAACCACCAUCCCACAUUUUGUCAACCUAGUCAAGCACUAUUACCACUGAUACCACCACUACCACAACAUGUUCAGUUUCCUAGACUACCUUACCUACUUGACUUUCAGUCGCCACCUUUUUAGCAGCUGUCUUCAAAAUAGCACUACACACAUUCAUAUCUAUCUAUGCCAUUUUUACAUAAAAAGUCAGUCGAUGAUCUUUUAAGUUCUUUUAUUAGAACUCAGCCUUUAUUUAUGCAGACCCAAAAUACUAUGUUUUAGAACUAAUUUGCAUCCAUAAAGAACUUAAAAUCCCAAACUGGUUAACUAGCUACCCUUUUAAGUACCCAACCCCAGGGCACUUUACCUAGUAACACAGAGGUUAACCCUAAGAGAAAUAGAAGGAGCAAUGCAAAACAAUCACCCUUAGGAAUGGAAGCAUAUAGCUAAUGACCGAUCCAAAUAGGUUUUUAGGAUAAGGGAGAUAAGAGGUCUAAUAAUGAUGAGCUUGAUAGGAAUCUAAUUCAUGAUGGUGAUGAAGGCAAAAAGAAUGAUGAAAAUGUAGUCCAUGUUCAUACAUAAUUACCACAGAUAUUUUCUAGUGCAAUGCUAAGUUCAUCUAGGCCUGUUUCUCAUAGAGUUGAGCCAUUUAUGCUUUAUAUUCCUUUCCUUAACUUGUUUCAAAAGUAAAAGAAAGAGAAGCAAUUCUUUAAAUUUCUUGAGGUGUUCAAAAAGCUGCACAUUAAUAUUCCAUUUGCAAAUGCAUUUGAAUAUAUGCCAACCUAUGCAAAAUUUAUAAAAGAUAUUAUCUCUCAUAAGAAGAAGCUUGAGGACUAUGAGACAGUUGUGCUCACCAGUAAGUGUACAUCAGUGAUUCAAAGAUGACUACCUACUAAGUUUAAAGAUCCCAGUAACUUUACCAUUCUUGUGUCAUAUAUGGCAUGUCUUUUGACAAAGUUUUGUGUGACCUAAGUGCUAGUAUUAACUUGAUGUUUUGGUCUAUUUUUCAAAAAUUAAGCAUAAAAGAGGUCGAACCCACCUUAGUUAGUCUGUAAUUUGCCUAUAGGUCACUGAAAUACCCUAAAAGAAUAAUAAAAGAUGUCUUGGUUAGGGUAAAAAAAAAUUAUUUUUCCUGUUAAUUUUAUUGUGUUAGAUAUGGAGGUGAAUCGUGAAAUCUCAAUUAUUUUAGAGAGACCAUUUUUAGCCAUUGGAAAGGCAUUGAUAUAUGUGCAAAAGGGUGAAUUGACUAUGUGAGUACAAGAUCAGAAGGUCUUGUUUAAUGUUGUUAAGGCUUUGAAGUAUCUGGAUGAUUUUGAUGAAUGUUCUAAGGUAGAGGUAGUCAAUAGCUUGGUCCAUGAUGUUUUUCACCUAGAGCAUCCGAUCUUGCAAUUUAAGGAUUCUUUUUUUAUUAUGAGGUAGAGGAUACAGAUUUGAGCAAGGAUGAUGAUGAUGAUGCAAUUUUGAUGAUUUAUACUGGUCGAUAUGCACCAUCUCUUAGUGUUGAGCCUUUAGUAGACACAGAUACUCUCUCUAGAGUAAUUAAACCUUCUAUGGUGGACCAACUAGUUUUGAGCUUAAACCAUUGCUGCCGCACCUUAGGUAUGCUUACUUAGGUGAGGAUGACACUUUGCCUAUGAUCAUAUCAGCAUCUUUAAUUGAUGAUCAAGAGGCACGACUUCUUUUAGUCUUGUAUGAUCAUAAGCUAGCUAUAGAUUAGUCCAUUACCGACAUUCGAGGUAUUAGUCCUUUUUUUUUGCACACAUAAGAUUUUUAUGGAAGAUGGAUUUAGGUCGACCAUAGAGAUGUUGAUUGCAUUAAAAAUUUUAGCUUCUUAAUGCUUAAUUUUUAUGCAAUUUAACUAUUAUUUUAGCCUUGUUUUAAAAUUUCAUAGCAAAAAUACUCCUAAAAUCAUAAUUGUCUCAUGUGUAGGAACAAAUGGAGAAAACAAAGAAAUUUGGUUAAAUUGGAUACAUUUUGGAAGAUUUUUAAUGCAAAAUAAUGUAAUUUGCCUGAACUAGUGUCAAUAUGCAACAUUGACACUUAGGAAGUUUUCUUGACUUUUCUUACUUUAUUUUUUAUUAUUUUUUCAUAGGUUUUUUUUUUUUAGUAAAAUGUGUAAUAAAAAUAUUCAUAGAAUGUUUGCAAUUUAUGCAAGAAAAAAAUGAAUGAAGCAAAGAAAAGUUGGUGAUGGGCAUUUGGUGUAUGGUGCUUGGAAGGAGCACUAAAAUUUCAAAGUGUUUCAAGCUGGUUCAAGAGCACCAAUUAAAGGGGCUGAUAUGGCACUUUCAAGAGCUUUGAUUGGUCAUUAAAUUGACUUAUUAGACCACCCAUUACAUGUCCAAAAAAAGCUAACAAAGUGUUGAAGGAAAAGCUAAACAACCAAGCACCAAGUGCAAAAGUAAAGAGAAAAAAAGUCUUUAGAAAAUCACCUCAUUGUAGAUCUUCUAAAGUGAUUUUUUAGGGCUUCAUUCACCACUCACACGCCUAUAAAUAGGAGUGAAGCUAGCCAUUUUAAAGAGACUUUAGCUUAGGAUUAUAUUUUU